AUGAAUAGCAAGCUGCAUCUGCUCGCUGUGCCCUUGCUCAGCCUGCUCAUGGGCUACGUAGCUAGCCUAGAAGAGGAUUGUGUCGACUUCCAGGGAAACUCGGUCGCACACGGUCUACUUUACGUACCUGGACCGGGCGUGUGCAGUUUGUGCGUCUGCUACCACUCUGAGCCGCUAUGGUGCAAAGCAAUAUACUGUGAUCCUCCUUAUUUCUGUAAAAAGUUUCGCGUAGGCGAACGAUGCUGUGAAUUUGAAUGUCUAGAUCCACCCGGUGAGGAUGAAAUGUAUCAGGCUCGACUACGGAAGCGGGCCGAGAUUUUGGCCGGAAACGGGGCCAACCAGCUAUCACGGUCCGGCGACUGGUGCUGGCUGCCGGUGAGCCGAGUGGCCGCUGCAAGUCUACUGCUGCUAGCGUUAGUGCAAAGCGUUACGCAAAGGUUGCUGCUGGUACCGUCAUAGCUUUGCUG